GUUUUGUUUUGCCAUUCAUUUCAAUACUAUUUUUGUUGUGCUUUUAAUUCAUUUAUGAUUUUCAUAAUUACGACAAAUCACAUGAUUUUUAACUACUAUUCAAUGUCUGUCUCAUCCCUUAAUUGUGGACAAUAUUUUCAUCAAUUGAUUUGAUUUGUUAUUUAUUUGUUAAUUAAUUGUUAAUUAAAUAUUAGUCUCUGAUUUGCACACUAUUUUGUCGAUACCUUUCCUGGACUUUAAACGCGAGUCAAAAAUACAAUUUAAUUGAAACACAAAUUGUUUGUAAAUUGAAGACCAAAACAACCAAAACAACGAAAGAUGAGAUUCACAACAGUUUUGUUCAGAGAUCUGAAUAAAUACAUUGAUUUGUAUUCACGUUUCAAUCCAUCGCCGCUUUCUAUCAAACAAUUUCUCGAUUUCGGAAGGAAAGCAUGUGAGAAGACAUCGUUUAUAUUCCUGCGUAAAGAACUUCCCGUCCGUUUGGCGAAUAUUAUGCAAGAAUUGCAUUUACUUCCGGAAAAUCUGUUGCGAAUGCCGAGCGUUGAGUUAGUCCAGAGUUGGUAUAAAAUGAGUUUCAAUGAGAUCUUACACUUCGAGAAAUCAGACGCUAGUCUUAAGCAAACCCACGAAAACUUCUGCGAAACGCUGAUUAAGAUCAGGAAUCGACACUCGAAUGUCGUUCAGACUAUGGCUCAGGGAGUGAUGGAACUGAAGGAAACUCAUCAAUUGGAUCAGCAAACGGAACAUUCAAUCCAAUACUUCCUCAACCGGUUCUAUAUGUCGCGCAUAUCGAUCCGUAUGCUUAUCAACCAACACGCGGCCCUCUUUGGCUCACCUGCCGAUGUGGCCCUCAAUAACCCCAGACAUAUCGGUUGCAUUGACCCCAAUUGUAAUGUAAAGUCUGUAAUACUGGACGCCUACGAAAACGCCAAAUUCCUUUGCGAUCAAUACUAUAUGAAUUCUCCGGACCUAACCAUCGAUGAACUGAACAUUGAUACCACUUCUGCGCCCAUAUCUCUCGUUUACGUUCCCUCACUUAUGGCGAGAGAAGAUCUCACACUAAAAAUCCAAGAUAGAGGCGGAGGAAUACCACGUUCAGUGAGUCAUCUGUUGUUUCACUACAUGUAUUCAACUGCUCCGCAGCCAUCGGUCUCUGGCAUCAAUUCGGCGCCAUUAGCCGGCUAUGGCUACGGUCUGCCGCUGUCUCGUCUGUACGCGCGUUAUCUUCAGGGAGAUCUUGUCAUCACAUCUCUGGAGGGCUACGGAACGGAUGCCAUCAUAUAUUUGAAAGUACUUUCAAACGAAGCCAACGAAUUGUUGCCCGUGUUUAACAAGACGUCGAGCAAACACUAUCGCUCAGCCCUCGGAACUCACGACUGGAGUUCUGGCGCUACUCAUCAUAUAAUCCAAUCGGAAGGCUCGAACAUGACUUUAUCCCAACAACCCAUAGGUCUGAGACAUUAUAGCAAAACAUCGAAUCCCAGGUUUACAUAAAUCUAUUUAUUUAUAGUCAAUACCCAUUAGUCAAUAGCACUGAACGGUUCGGUGCCUUUGCUUUCUGUACGUAAAUUAACUCCGAAUUGAAUUGUCCGACAAAUGAGUGAAGCAUUUAAAUGUCUUUCAUUAGAAGGCAUUUGCAAUACAAGUACUAAAUUGUUAAAUAAAGCUUUAGCUCUAAAUUAGGGCCCAUUUUAUGAAACAUAUAUUUUAAGCACUUUUUUCUACAUUUUUCAAUAAAUUAUUAAAACCUUUUUAAAUAAACAUUUAGUACUUUAUUAUAAUUUAUAAAUUGAACAGAAAACUAAUUUUAUUGACUCUUCCCCUCCCCUCC